CGUGCUCACUCGGUGCCGCGCGGGCCUCUGAACCUCCACGGACUCUGUAGCUUUCGGCUGCGCCUCCCUUGGCGGCUACCCUUAACCAAACCUCUGUCGCUGGGUACGGCAGCACUUUGGGGACAAAAAUCGGCCCUUUUCAGUGGGCUCUGCUUAGCACUUCUUCCUUGCGUGGACAAAUCUGAGGGGGCAAAUAUUAGCGUCUCCGCUCGCUGCUACCCGAGAGGUAGGAGGAGGCUGAGCCCGGCACGGAGUUCGGCCUGACUGCGGCCUGGGCCCGACGAGACGCCUUCGUUGGCCAGAUGUUGCGAUGGCUGAUCGGCGGAGGACGAGAACCUCAGGGACUGGCCGAGAAAUCUCCUUUACAGACAAUAGGUGAAGAACAAACCCAGAACCCCUACACUGAACUGCUGGUACUGAAAGCUCAUCAUGACAUUGUACGAUUUCUGGUACAGUUAGAUGACUACAGAUUUGCAUCUGCUGGUGAUGAUGGAAUUGUAGUUGUGUGGAAUGCCCAGACAGGAGAAAAACUUCUGGAACUCAAUGGACACACUCAAAAGAUAACAGCUAUUAUUACGCUUCCUUCUUUGGAAGCUUGUGAAGAAAAAAAUCAACUGAUCUUGACAGCCUCUGCUGAUAGAACAGUUAUUGUAUGGGAUUGUGAUACUGGCAGACAAGUUCAGAAAGUAUCAUGCUUCCAGUCUACUGUAAAGUGUUUAGCUGUUCUUCGGAGACUAGAUGUUUGGCUCUCUGGUGGGAAUGACCUGUGUAUGUGGAACCGAAAAUUAGAUCUCCUGUGUAAGACCAGUCACCUUUCUGAUACAGGGAUCAGUGCUUUGAUUGAAAUACCUAAGAACUGUGUUGUGGCAGCAGUUGGCAAAGAACUGAUAAUUUUCAGGUUGGUAGCACCCACCGAGGGAUCACUAGGAUGGGAUAUUCUUGAAGUUAAGCGCCUCCUUGAUCACCAGGAUAAUAUUCUUUCACUGGUUAACGUCAAUGAUUUGAGUUUUGUAACUGGCUCCCAUGUUGGAGAGUUGAUCAUCUGGGAUAUCCUGGACUGGACUGUGCAGGCCUGUGAACACAACUUCUGGGACCCAUCUCCACAGCUGGACACUCAGCAAGAAAUAAAACUCUGUCAAAAACCAAAUGACGUUUCCAUUCAUCAUUUCACAUGGGAUGAAGAGAAUAUAUUUGUUGCAGUUGGAAGGGGUUUGUACGUGUAUAACCUUCAAAUGAAGCGUGUGAUUGCCUGCCAGAAAACCGCACAUGACUCCAGUGUCUUGCAUGUCGCCAAACUUCCAAACAGGCAGUUAAUCUCAUGCUCAGAAGAUGGCAGUGUACGCAUUUGGGAGUUACGAGAAAAACAGCAGCUUGCAGCUGAACCUGUACCAACAGGUUUUUUUAACAUGUGGGGAUUUGGAAGAGUAAAUAAACAAGCCAGCCACCCUGUUAAAAAGCAACAAGAAAAUGCCAUUUUGUUCUCAUUGGAGCUUAUUGGAGAUUUGAUUGGACACUCGUCAUCUGUGGAGAUGUUUCUGUACUUUGAAGAUCAUGGACUAGUGACAUGCUCUGCAGAUCAUCUCAUUAUUUUGUGGAAAAAUGGAGAACGUGAAUCUGGACUGCGCAGUUUAAAGUUAUUUCAAAAAUUAGAGGAGAAUGGUGACUUAUAUCUUGCUGUCUAGUUCAAGGAAUUUGGAACACCUGUGCAUGAACCUUGACCAUCAAAUAUAGGGUAAUACUCCGAAAACCAAUUACCGUAUUGAUCACGUAAAUUUUGUAAUUUUUUUUUUCUUGUUACGCCAUAAAAUUCCAGUUGUUUGAACUCUUUUUCUGGGCCUACAAACCGGCAAGUUGCUUAUCAGAUAUUAGUAUAGUCAUCAAAUAUAGCACAACUUUUCACUUGACUUUUCACAUAGCAGUCGGUUUUUACAAAGUGAAGUUUUCAGAUUUUAGUACAAAUGUGUGUUGAAGAAGAAUAUUUAGAGAGACAAGAUUUUUUUAUACUUAAAAAAAGGGAGGAGGAGCUGCUGCUGCUUUGCGCCAGGACCGGAGAACGUACGUAGAUCUUCUGUCAAAUAUGCCACGCAAUGCUCAUUGUCCUUUUCAUAUUCUUCUAUUGUACGGUAUUUUUCUCCAUUAAGCAGUUUUCAUUUUUAAUUUAAACCAGUGAUUGUGAACAUUAUUUGGUUUUGUGCAAUAAGCAGGGGUAAGCGUGUAAGUCCUUCUCUCCUCUCUUUUUGGCUUUUAAUUUUCCUCCAUAAUGGACUUUGGAGAGUCUGCAUUAGGUUAUGAGUUUAUAAAAUUGUUUUCUUGGACUGUAUACAGUAUUACAUGAAUUAUAAAAAGGAAUUCAUAGAUUUCUAACUGCUUUAUUUCCUGAUUUCUUACGGAUUAGUAGUAUGUGAUAAUCUAAUCUAUUCACAGGGAAUGAUACAAACCACAGGUGAGUUUGGGGAGCAAACAGGAUGGUAAGUACCUCUGUUAUUAAUGUCUGGAAGCCUCCAACCCAUUCAUGAGACUCACUGUUUUCUUCCAUCUCUGACCUUAGGGCAUUCAGGGAAGCAGAAACCAUUAAGAUGGCAGAAUCCAGCAGGGACUCAGACUUGAUGGCUGCUCAGUAGUUAUAUACAGAUUGCUGCUAAAAGUUGAACUUUUAGAAGAAUACAGCUAUAACUGAGAGUUUCCUCCAAUGAUACACUAAAGCUCCUGUAAGCUUUGGAAAGAUGUCCUUUGAAGAGUUGAACACUUGUUUAUCCAGUUAUCAAACACCCAUUGAGUCUUCUGUAAACAAGGUCUGUGCUGAGGAUGCAGAAUGUACACGCACCCCCACCAUACCUGGCCACACGUCAGCUGACUUCAUUUUUUCUUUUAAAAUAACAUUUCAUUUGCACCUUUAGGCCCAGCCUCUGUCACUAAAGGUAAUUUUGUGGGUGACAAAACAGGAACUAUCUUACCAUCCCAAGCAUCAAACAUGUCUGUUAUGAAGUAGUCAAUGAAGGAGAUUUGGGACUUGGGGAUGCUACAGGUAUUCCGGUCAAACACUGGCAUCACCACAGGUAGCCCCUGUCUCUUCUCUUCAUCAGUCUGUAAGAAAUAACAGAUCCAGGGCUGUCGGGCAUGGGAGAAGCUGUCACAGGAGCAUCUAGUUUCUCAGAACCAGUCUGUGAAAAUGGAUCAGCAGCCAGUUGUAUAAAUGAGGAAACACGCUCAGCAAGGUCCCCAAGCUGCUUAUAGAAGACGGCCACCUGAUGCACUACAGGCACUGAAUUCAGGUCUUUUGACUCUCAAGUCUCUCAGGCUAUCCUCUAGCCCUUCCUGAAGCACUGAUCUCACAGUUCACGCCUCUUCUUCUAAAGUCUGUUUUCGUUUUUGCAAGGUCAAGACUAUUUUCAAAGUAAUACUACUGAUACUAAGUGACGUUUACACUGAGGGAGCAGAAGCAACGAUGGGUAACAUUGCUGAUGCCUCAGCAUGAAUCACAGACCUGGCACCAACUGUACCAACAGUCGUUGUAUUAUUUAUUUGCAGUUUAAAAAGAAAGCCAGUUUCGCUUCAGAAUGUCUUUAUUAAAGCAGUGAGAAUUAAUCUUACUCAGUUUGGCCCUUGAAAAUAUGGAUUUUUAAUAUUCUGUGUGACAAAAUCAGAAGUACAUAUAAAGCCCUUGUGCUGCAUGCACAUCAAAGAAUGAUGGUUGUCUGGAUGAAAAGAGCUGAGUUAGCUUCUUUUCUUCAUGGAAUUAAUUAACUUUUUUACUCGAAAUAAUGAGAGAAACUACAAUUGUUCAGACUAGGGUACAGGUCAUGCAGCUCUCUCAGCAUAUGUGUAAAUUGGAGUAUUUUGCACAUUAGAGUGUAUGUUUAUAUGCAUAUGGUCAUAAUUCACUGGGCUGAAAUUAAGAUCCACAUUUCCUGGUGGUGUGUAGAGCCAGAGGCUGGCUGAUCAGAGACCUCAUUUGUAACUUUUUAUUUUUAGGUCAUCUGGGCUUAUGAAUACUACUACUUUCCAUUCUGGGAAAAAGAUACCACCUAAACAGGGAGCCUACAUUAAAGAACUUAAAAGUGGUUCUUUCCUGUUCCCUGUUCACAUACCUUGAGAGUAACUAGGAGGAUUUUAAGUCUUCUCUGUGGGUCCUGGGAAGCCCAGUAAUGGCCUCCUACCAGCUUUUGGCCCAGCUUGCUCAUUUCAGGUCAGUCGAUCAGGCAGCCUUAAAAUAUCCACUGCUGUUCAAGGAGUGAAGGUUUUUUUUCCCUUCCCUUCUCUUUCUAGCAAACUCAGAACUGCCUGUCCUACUUCUCUUUAAUUCAUGGGCUAUUCCCAUCCUUGAAAGCUGCAGCUAACUUACUGGGUCCUUGGCUGACCUCUCCAUCUGCCCCUGCCCACCCUUUUUAGACAUCACCAGCUAUUAUCUAUCCUGCCCCCGUGGUACAUGACAGCCAUGGAGACCCCCGCCUCAGGUGCAUUACUUGUAGCUACUUGUGACGUACCUGUCUUUCUGUCACACAUACUAAACAUUAGUUCUCAGAGCCUCUUCUCUGGAAGUAGGCCUAUAUUUCAAAUGGCAUAUUGUCCUCUACUACUUUCUAGGUUAGUCUUCUUUAACUCUUCACACUGCCAAAGUGAACUAUGUAUAUAUUGCUGCUCUCUUUAGAUAAAAAUUGUUUUUCCUCCUUACUCAUUUUGCUCACAAUGCUCUGUUCUCCCAGAAUGUCCUUCCCCAUUGCUAAAUGUCUUAAAUCCUUGAAAAAGACAACUGUAAUAUCAUUUCCAUGAAGCCCCUCUUAUCUAGAAAAAAAAUCUUCCUGGACGCUCUGAAGACUUAACACUACCUCCUUUAGAAGUGUUUUCAUUUUUUUUUAACCAAUGUAUGGACCUAUUUAUAUCUGUAUCUGCCCCCUGCUGUACUAUGAGCUACCCAGGGGCAGAGAUGUGUCUCACUCAUGUCUGUGUUCCCCAGUGCCCCACAGAGAGAAUAAUCAUCUAGUGAAUGAAUGGGUGAUAUCCCAGUUUUUGUGGAAGUUCAGGAUCUAACAAUUUGAGGAUGAAAAGCUACUUCAGAAGGCUCAGUUUAUCCCCGUUCCCCUAGAGAGACUGGUUUGCAGCUGGCCACACCAGCCAGUUUCUUGAGUGAAUCAGAAUUCUCUUCCAGGCAGGGGUGAGCCAUUCCUUUCCCAGGAGGAGUAAUUUACUUACUUACUAUGACCGGGGGCCACUCCCAGAAGAGAGGUGGAGCUUCCCUAGAGAGGCAGCAUACCUGUGCGAAGUACUCCUCAGAGAUCCUCCCAGCCCAUUCGAUGCACAGGUCCAGGGGGCGGCAUGGGUUGGCCACGUCAGCACAUUUAAUCAUCAUGCGCUUGAUCAGGAUUUGGUUUUCAGGAAAGUUCUUCCCAAUAGGGUUGCAUUCACAGUCGCUGCCUUCAAUCUGGAAAGCAGAAUGUCAUAUCAGGGUUAGUUCAAGAUGCUGGUGAAGCCCACAAGUGCUAACUGACCAGAUGUUCGAUGGUGACAAGGAAUGGUCACCCAGGCAAACUUAGGCAUGAGACUAGAUGAAGGAGGUUUUCCCAUCCUUAAUUCCAUCUAUAAUACCCUGAUAUGUUCUUGGGUUGGGGCAACCCUCAAGCAAUACAAACAGAGCUUAAAGAGUCAAAGUCUCUGUUACCCUGCACUUCUGUCCUCUUUCCCCAGAGGUUUUGAACUGCUAGGAGCAGGUUUUGUUUUGAAUAAAUUGGUAUGUAAUCUUAAAGGAGAGAUUUCUCCCAGUUUUAUCAGAAAAUAUGUCAAAGCAGAACUUUCACUUAUUUUCAAUACAUUAAAGAUGGGGAAACAGCACACUUACUAGACUUACACCUGCCAGCUCCCUCUCUAUGACUUUCUGUCCCACUCCUACCUCCUUGCCCAUUUCUUCCCACUUUGUUUCAUUCUCUUGAGGCAUGUGUCUGCUCACGCUUCCCCGGCUGCCCUUCCAGCUGGUGGUAGGGAGUGUGAGACGUUUAAGUUGUAGGGGUACUAGGAAGCAGAAAGUGGGCCAGGGCAGGAGCAGGUAUAUUCAGCCAUGUUUAAAAAGACUGUACACCAGUACAUACCUCAUGAGGGGUGUGAGUGGUCAGUGGUCCCAAGCCCAGCAGCCAGGUCUAGGAGGAGGCUUAUGUAAAUGCUACAACAGGCCAAUUACACAAAACCUGGAAGCUUGUGAUUCCCUACUUUCAAAGAUACCAUCGAACGGAUGGUGUGAAGACAGUUAAUUAGCUCUUCAGAGCUCUGCCAAGCUCAAGGACUGCACAGCAUUUAAGGGUUUUUGUUCUGCUUUGGGACUGCACCUAUUUAUUAAACCAUCAAUGGGCAGAAGAAUUAUGUUCUGAAGAGUGGUGGUUUCAUUACUUACCAUUGGGAAGAUACUGCUUGCUUAUAGAUACUGCGAUCCUUGCUCCCAUAAGUCCUCUGUGGAAGGAGAGGGUCCUGGCAGUGUGCUGUGGAAUCCCUGGGGGAUGGAGCAGAACACAGGUUUCUGGAGACAGGCGGAUAGGUCCAGGCUCAUGUUGACAAGUGGUCCUUGAGGCCCCGGGUGAGCACUGAGCUCUGAGCUCUCUGCACUGCCCUCUCUCAGGAGUCUGCUGUCCAGCCUGGCUGGUGCUAUGUGGGAAGUACAGCUUGACUGCAGGGUUGUGGCAGGCAGGAGGAACUGCAUCUGUCUGUUCACAGUUGGCCAGCUCACCAGAGGACAGUACAACAGUGAGGGGAGCCUGCCCCACCCUGGGGGCCCCAGCAGCUCUGCCAGGACCUGUGGAAUCCAGCAUCCUCAUGAGAGUCCAUUCAUCCUACUUCUCCUGCAGGAAGAUGCCAAACAGGCCUUUCAGAAUGCAUGCUGUGUGACAUACUGCCAUGACUCUCUUCCAUGAGCAGACAGAGAAGGAAGUGGCCUAGGAUCACACGUGCUACUUUGUUCGCCUACUUCUGAAAAGACUUGAGAGUGUGGCAGUAAAUGGCACAGAUACAAGAAAACUCUUCACAUGAAGAUAAAAGGAUUAGAACCAAGCAGCACGAGAGAAUCAAGGACAAAAAGAAGCUUCCCAGGAAAACAGGCUAAGGGGGCUCUUGCAGUUAAGAACAAAAUUCAGCUCUGGGUUACAUAUGGCAAAGACCAAAAAGGAGACCCUGUUUCUCACGCUCUCAUUAUAUAAUUAAAGGACACAAACCACAGUAUCAGGGGAUACAAAUGUUUUCUCAGCUCACAGCUCUAGGAGGAAGUUAUCAAAUGGGCUACUGUUACCUGAGACACUGUACUUUAUGAACUCAUGCCUUCAGUCAUUUAUUGGACGCUUCCUGGGAGCUGGUCGUCAUUCAGAGAGCUAGAGUUAGGGGCAUAAACUGCGCUGGCACAGUCUCAGCACGUCUCACAGGCAGUCACUUCUGUCUGUGUACUUACCUGUGCUGUGUGUGCUUUCCGCAGCGAUUUAUCAGCCCCGUAGUGCAAAGAGGGAAGUACAGAGGGUUUGACAGUAACCAUGAGGCCUGAUCUAGUACAGGGCAGUGCUGGCCAUUCAGUUUUCUGUGGGGAUGGAAAUGCCUGUAUCUGGGCUGUCCAGUACCGUAACCCCUAGCCACUUAUAGCUCCGGACACUUGAAAUGUGGCCAGUGCAACUGAGGAACUGAAUGUUUCAUUUUAUUUAACUUUAAUUAAAUGUGAACUGCCACAUGUGGCUAACGGCUACUUACUGGACAGUGCAGGUCGAGUGCAGGGGGUGGGCAAGGAAGGCAUCUCUUAGGGAGUGACUUUUAUGUUGGAGCCUGAAGGAUAAGCAGGAAUUAGCCAGCAAAACAUGUCAAGGGAGAGAAUUCCAGGCAGAAGGAACAGCUUAUAUGAAUCUCCUGCUGUGAAACAAAAAAGUAGUUUCUUCAGGAAACUUAAAGAGCUUCAUUGUGGGUGAGUGAGGGGAAAAGUGGUCCCCAAGAUGAGGCUGGAGGGGUGGGCAUAAUUUUUGGUUUUCCCAAGUUGCUUUCCUAGGCUGUGGGAGAAAAAACGGCAAACUGCUUCUCAGAUGCUAAUAGGUAAGGACCAGUCAAUCUGAAACUCAGCCCUGAAAACUUUCCUGAAAUCUGCCCCGACCAGCAGGGAGCCAUUUCCAUUUCCAGUCCUGACCUGGAGCUGGUGGCCAAUCAACUUGGCCUCAGCCCAUGUGAACGGGUUUCCUGAGCCGAGACAGCAGUCGAUGCUACUGUUUUCAGCUCUUCUCAGAGAUUGAUUAUGUAAGUACCCAGGGCAAGCAAGCAUGCCUAGCCCCAUUGGCCCCAUCAUGCUGCCCAACAGGACCCAGAGCUGCCCCCACGUGGGCUGAUUCUAGCUGUGUAGUGAGGCCCCAAGAGGCCCCAGCUUCAGGCUUCCAGCUAGUGCUCUUGGAGUAUGUUCAGUCCUGUUUGGAGUAUGGGGCCAAUUUAUUUUCAUAUCUUCAAUGAAGGAGAUUCAAGUAACUGGAGCAGACAACAGUAGCAUGAGGCGAGACGUGCCUGUCCUUCCAGCUUACACUGACUUAGACCUGACGCUUGUACAAAGGUACCAAUAACAGGCCACGCCCUGCCGUUUUGACAAGCACUGUCUAAUAAUGCCAUGCCUGAUGAAACAUAGGGGGCAGGGAAAGAAGACUUGGCUGCUUACUGGCAGAUGGGAGAAGCAAGAUCCCCUCUAAGGGAGGGAGAGACUGUCUGUGGAAGAAAACUUCCUCACCAAACCCGGCACAGUAGAAAUUCUAAACCGCUGGAGGUGCUGACAUUUCUGCAUAGUGUUUUUCUUUCUUUAACUAGCAAGGUAGAUUUCAACCACAGUGAAGCAGACUGGCCAGAAUGGACUCCAUUCUGGAUUAGCCUUUCAAACAGUUGCUUUUCUGGGACAGUCACUUACACUCAGAAGACAACAGAAAAUGCUGGCUACUCUGACCUCUCCACCUGCAGUGGUUCCUGGGAACUGUUAAGAGUGGGGAGGGGACAGGAUCUGUAACAAAUUGAAGGGGAAUGUCAGCUCUGGACAUGUUACCUGUACGGCUGGGUUGAGGACGUGGAGCUCUGUCACAGUGACAUUAAGAAUUUUAGCCUUGUAAAGAAAUUAGGGAUGACAGAUGACAUGGGUAUUUGGUGAACACGUUUUUCUGACUCUGUCAGUGGCAGCAGCUCUGGUGGAAGUGGCCUCAGGAGUAAAUGCCACUUGGAGCGCCCCGCGGUGGGCUAUCCCGUGAUCUUGGGCUGCUCACUAAACCUCUGAGCUCAGGAGCCCCUUUCACCUCAACCCCCUAGGUUGCUUGUAGCUCUGAAUUUUCUGAUUCUUUGGCAGAGACUGCCAAAGUUAGAAAAUGUCUUUUGAAUUGCAAGCACACGGUAUCUAGUCUUGGACUUGUUUCUAUUGCUGCUAUUUGAGAAUUCAGUCAGACUCUGAAUACAUUACUAGAACAAACAAUUUAAAGAAAAAAUACUUAUUUUAGGGGAUGGUGAAUAAAAGAGAUCAUAAAGUGACUAAGCAUUCCCUAAUGUAUCAAUCAUUUUAUCUAUUUUUCUAGAGUGGUUCUGCUUAAGUGAGGUUCAUCUUUAACUCAAGGCUGCUCUGCCUGUGGAUCCCUUUGGUCUCAGUAUUCAUGCCCUCGGUCCUGCCCUCAUUUGGCACGUGUGGCCUCAGCUGUACAGUAUCUCACAAGGUACAACAUGGAGGAAAGGAACCUGCAGUAGGGAUCUGGAAGGACCUUAGCUCCUCAAAGAAAGGUGCUAUAGGAACACAGGCUGAUAGCACCUGUAUUGUCACCUUUUUUAAAAAUUAGGGGACAGAAAUCUUCAAAAGCAUCAUUCUUGAACCACUUUCUUUUCUUGCUAAUGAAAGUAAAUGCCAGGAUCAGUCUGUGGCAACACUGAGAAGGGAACGUUCCCUCCUCCCCAUUUUGGUGCCACUUCUACUCCUACCUAUCCCACUGCCACUCUUCUCCUUAAGUAUCUAGAGUCUUAAGACAGAAAAUUACCUCAUACCAAGCAUUUGCAGAUUGAUGUGAAUCUGCUUCUAUACAGCACUUCUCCAAGGGGUAUCUGUAUUCUAAGCUUCACUUUUAAUUGUAGCAGAGGAAUUACACGCUUUACGGUGCAAGUGGUGGUAGUUGGGAAAGAGGGGAGACAAGGACCUCUUGCCAGCUAUGCAUGGCGUGUACAUAGGGCUGCCCUACAAGUCAAUGCCUGUAGAUGACAGUAUGGACUUCCAGGUAAGAUUAAGGGACUUGAAACUCUUAAGAACUAUGCAAGUCAUUAAUAUACAGAUUUACGCAUAUACACCUACACAGAACACACAUAUAUGUAUGUAAAUGAGCAGGAUGCUGAAUGGCUCAUUACUGUGUGGACCAUAAUGUACCAAUAGCCAAAUUCUGAACCUAAAAUUUAACCUCUGGACCUAGUAACCAUUUGCUAUAGUAAUUAAAUUCUGUCCUGUAACCCAGUCUCACAAAGGGCUCCUAGUGAACAUUUGGAGAAUAGGUUCAGGUAUCAGCCAGGCAUGUAAAGGAGUCCCUGUGGUGGCAUAAAUUAUUAGUUUAAGCAUUUUUGGGGAAGGGAGGGCUAGGAGAAAAGGCCAUGUCAUUACAACACCAAAAGGAUCAAUUUGGUAGCACAAAAAACUGUCAGAUUGGUUCCAAAAUAGCUGUUUGCCAGAUACAUUUCUUAAGAUUGAGUUCUUAGAUCUCCAAAACCUAGGCAAGUAACUCGAUCGUGAUAUCAAAAUUCUACCUUUACUCUCUCCUUUCCGAGGAAGAAGGCGGUGGCGUGCAGCACGUCAGCGGCGUGGGUGGAGUUGUGGUAAGCGUUGGAGGAGUGGUAGUUGGCUUCAAUCACUUGCAGCCAGGCCCGCAGAGUAGUUUCAGAACAGUGUAAAAACUCACAUACUCCAAACCGGGAAAAGAUCUUUAAGCCCAGGUAAACCAAUGGCCUGCAAACAAGAAAACAAACCCUGACUCACUGUAUUCACUGCUCCAGAAAUUGCUUUCUUUGAAGAUACUUCAUACUUAACUGCACAAGCACAAGGGUAUAAAAAUGUGUCCUCUCCAAAUCAGGAGAUAGAGCAUCUCCCCUUCACCAGGCACUUCCUGAAAACUAGGUGCCUCAGGGUGGUUAAUCCAAAUGACCUCUAGACAGUCUCUAAGUUAUCUGCCUUUCAGUGGCUCUAACAACCAGGAAACGUCCCUGACAGUCGCUCUCCAUCUCCGCUUCCACAUAAGCUCUGCACUUCCUUUGUGUCCCCUGAGGAAGUUACUGAGCCCGAGGACAAAAGGGAUGGCUUGCGUGGGCUCAGCACAGUCAUGUCAUUUAGAGUCAAGUUACUUAUAGGUGAGUAGCAUUCAUAUCCUACAGACCAACAUCCCUGGAAGAAACAGACUUCUGCAACAGAAGGGGACCUUCUGAGUUAUCUAAUCUUUCCCUUACCUAUAGGAUGGAUCAAAAGAAAAGUCUUCAGUGCUGUCAGACUCAUUUUUUAAGGUGCUGAGAGUUUGGGGCUGAGAAUACCUAGAACUGUUGGCUCACUGGCACAGAGUGACUUGGGUAGAUCUGGAAAGGACACUAUUAUUUCUUCAUCCUGGGUCAUCACCAGGCUGAUCCCACAUCUUACCCACUAAAACGCUUCUCCAUAAAGGAUCUCACUUAAGGGGCCAUAGUCCCUGCUCAUUUCUCCAGCAUGGAAUGAAAGGCAAAACCUCCGAGGUCUUUUAUGGCAAGGACUCACAUCUCCCUCAAGGUUUUCGGACGUGAAAGUCUUGAGUGUGGCCAUCAAUCAUCCUGUGGCCUACAGACAGAGAAGCACGUACCUUUUAUGUGUCACAGCUUCCAGUUCAAAGAUGUUGAACUCCCAGCUUUCCUCAUUAUCAAGUAAUUGAGCAAUAGAAGGAGGGACGUCAUUGAUGGUUAUUGGCAUCGCAAGGUGACUGUGACUCUGGUGCACGUCUGGGCAAACAGAUGAGGUAGGGAAGGGCGGUUAAUUGUGGAAUUGUGAGUGCUGCUGAGCAUCUGCCAUCUUCAUGGUUGCCACUAGAAAGAAAGUCUUCAACCUCGAGGGGUAGAAAGAGUUUCACUUCAGGGUUCCCUUACAUUAUUGAACUUCAAGACCCCCAAAUAGAAAAAUAAUCCGGUUUAACUACAUUUAAAUAUAUAGAGGUUUGCAAUUCCUAUUCUGACAGUGCUUCCAGAGAAGUAAUUUAAAUUAGGAGAGCUGGUUUCAAAUGUAGACCAUAUAAACUCCAGUGAGACCAAAAGGAAGUAUCACCAAGGCCCUCCUCAAACAAUAAUCACAACACUGGGGGAGAGACAGACCAGAGACAGGUUACCAGUAACAGAUGGAGAGAAGACAACUUACUCUUAGUGAACACAUACUCAUUUCCUGACAACCUUCUCAAGCCAUCCUGGAAUAAAGAGAGACGCUGUGAGAAGCAUGCUUUACUGGCUGUUAUCAUUACUCCCCCAUUUCUUUUAUUAGCCAGAGAGAACUGAAUCCUGAUUAACCCAGCCCAUCUGGAACUCCAAGUUGAAGCUCCGAAUCAAGUCAGAACAAUAGCUACAGAGCAGAGGAUACUCUCCCCUCCACGGCUUUUAGCCCCAGGAGACGGAGAAGUGAGAAUUAAGUGGCUGUGACUGCACUCAGGCCUCACACCUGAGCUGUGAGUUGGCUCUGUUCUCCUGCCAUCUUUCUCCUGUGGCAUUUUGAAGCCACAUUAAUGAGACCAAAGAAGUGAUCUUGCUUUGGAUGCUUGUUAAUUUGAAAGGACCCCACUUACCGUCAUAGGGACACUGUAUUCUUGUGUUCUUAGAUUUAUAUCCUGGGGAGCCAAAGCCAUGGGCCACAUUUUGGGGAUGACUUAAUGUAAAGCCUUUAAAAGGUUAGGCUAGUUUUUUAUCUAAUAUCUAAAUUAACUUUUUUUCCAACUGUACUUUCUAUCUUACAGCAUGAGCUUUGCUGCUAGCCUUUAAAAGAAUUUUCCGGAUUUGAGGUCUUUGGAAGGGCAGCAUAAGGGAGUGGACAGAAUUCUGAUGUUCUGCCAUUUACUAGGUUCUUGAACUUGAACUCGUCCCCAGAUGUUCUUGCAUCUCCGUUUCCUAUCCCCUACCCCUGAGUACCUGAUUAUUUAAUUCUUUGCCUAAGUCAUUUACAAUUGCUUAUUUGUCAUCCCUAGAAAGCAUGUGCUAAGAUUUAAAGUAUUAGUGAAGGGCUCCCCUGAAGUGACACCUUGGAUCUUUAGGCCAAGAGCUGAAUUUUGAAAACUAGAUAAAUAGAGUCAAGGAAGUCUGAAAAACUUCUUACCAUCACUGCCUCGAGAUGAUAUUGACUUCACAUCAAUGGACUCUUUCCUCCUGUUCUUGUAUCUGAAUGAAAGAGACUCUGAGGAGUUCAGAUUAGUAAUGGAGAGUGAUUAGUUUUCAGUUUAUUCACAGGUGAAGUUUAGACAUUUUUUCCCCUCAUUCUCCAAAGAAAACAGGGUUACUUCUAAAGCACUGUCAAAUAUUUUUAAUAAUAAACCACUUUCCCUUCAAAUCAUUGGCACACACACAGUUAUCGUCGUAUUAGUUGUAAAGUGACGCCCUUUUCUCGCGGCGCCGUAUCACAUUGUAAUGGGGCUUAUUACUACAGGUUGUUUAGUUCCAUGAAUAAGAAUCUCCUUAAACACUGGAACUUGGGGGAAAUCUGGGGGGUGGGGUGGUCAUAAUAAACUGACCUGACGGAUAAUACAUUUAACUGGGCGGGGAAAUCUUUUAUGGAGAUAUUUGAAUAAGAGAAAUAAAAUAUUAGUCAAAUUUA